CCCGGGUCCUGGAGCUCUCUCGGCCCGGCAGGUCUCGCUCCCGCCCCUCCGGCCUUCCACAGCUGUCCUGGCCGCAGGGUGUUCAAGGCGGGACACACCAGGCUAGCGAGCCGCGAUCGGGCCCCGCCUCAGGCGCUGCGCUCCAGGUCGGGCGGGCGCGGGAGCCCGUAAGCGCUCAGCUUCCGAGCCAGGAGGGCUUCCAGGGCACUUCCCCUAGGCUGCAUUCCCGAAGGCUCCCGAGGGCGAGGGCUCCGUGCACACCCCUGCCUGGUGACCUCCACUGGUGCUCCAGGGUGAACAUGGUUCAGAGAUACCAGUCUCCUGUCCGAGUCUACAAGUACCCGUUUGAGCUGGUCAUGGCGGCCUACGAGAAGCGCUUCCCCACGUGCCCACAGAUCCCAGUCUUCCUGGGCAGCGAGGUCUUGCGCGAGUCCCGCAGCCCGGACGGGGCUGUGCACGUGGUGGAGCGGAGCUGCAGGCUGCGCGUGGACGCCCCGCGGCUGCUGCGGAAGAUCGCAGGUGUUGAGCACGUGGUCUUCGUGCAGACAAACGUCUUGAACUGGAAGGAGAGGACGCUCCUCAUCGAAGCGCACAAUGAGACCUUCGCCAACCGCGUGGUGGUGAACGAGCACUGCAGCUACACGGUCCACCCUGAGAAUGAAGACUGGACUUGUUUCGAGCAGUCUGCCUCACUGGACAUCCGGUCUUUCUUUGGCUUUGAAAAUGCCUUGGAGAAGAUCGCCAUGAAGCAGUACACCGCCAACGUCAAGAGGGGGAAGGAAGUGAUUGAGCAUUACCUGAAUGAGCUCAUCUCCCAGGGUACCUCGCACAUUCCCCGCUGGACGCCUGCCCCAGUCCGUGAGGAGGAUGCCCGCAACCAGGCUGGACCGAGGGACCCCGGCUCCCUGGAGGCCCACGGGCCCAGUAGCACCCUGAGGCCCGCUCUGGAGGCGGUCAGUAUGGACGGGGACAAGCUGGAUGCGGACUACAUUGAGAGGUGCCUGGGCCACCUCACGCCCAUACAGGAGAGCUGCCUGAUCCAGCUUCGGCACUGGUUACAGGAGACCCACAAAGGCAAGAUUCCCAAAGAUGAGCACAUCCUUCGGUUCCUGCGGGCUCGUGACUUUCACCUGGACAAGGCCCGGGAAAUGCUGCGCCAGUCCUUGAGCUGGCGGAAGCAGCACCAGGUGGAUCUCCUCCUUCAGACCUGGCAACCCCCUGCCCUGCUGGAGGAAUUCUAUGCAGGGGGCUGGCAUUACCAGGACAUAGAUGGCCGCCCCCUCUACAUCCUCCGCCUGGGCCAGAUGGACACCAAAGGCUUGAUGAAGGCCGUGGGGGAGGAGGCGCUGCUGCGGCACGUUCUCUCCGUCAACGAGGAAGGACAGAAGCGGUGUGAGGGGAGCACAAGGCAGCUGGGCCGUCCCAUCAGCUCGUGGACCUGCCUGCUAGACCUGGAGGGACUCAACAUGCGGCACCUGUGGCGGCCGGGGGUGAAGGCCCUGCUGCGGAUGAUUGAGGUGGUUGAGGACAAUUACCCGGAGACCCUGGGUCGGCUGCUCAUCGUGCGAGCCCCCCGAGUCUUCCCCGUGCUCUGGACGCUGAUCAGCCCCUUCAUCAACGAGAACACCAGGCGGAAGUUCCUCAUCUACAGUGGCAGCAACUACCAGGGACCCGGAGGCCUUGUGGACUAUCUGGAUAGAGAAGUGAUCCCUGACUUCCUUGGGGGAGAGAGUGUGUGUAAUGUCCCCGAAGGAGGGCUGGUCCCCAAGUCCCUCUACAUGACAGAAGAGGAGCAGGAGCACACGGACCAGCUGUGGCAGUGGAGCGAGACCUACCAUUCAGCCAGCGUGCUCCGCGGAGCCCCCCAUGAGGUGGCCGUGGAGAUCCUGGAAGGGGAGUCGGUCAUCACCUGGGACUUCGACAUCCUGCGAGGGGACGUGGUGUUCAGCCUGUACCACACCAAGCAGGUGCCCAGGCUGGGCGCCCGGGAGCCGGGGACCAGGGCCAGCGGGCAGCUGAUCGACAAAGGCUGGGUCCUGGGCAGGGAUUACAGCCGUGUGGAGGCUCCCCUUGUCUGCCGGGAGGGGGAGAGCAUCCAGGGCUCCCAUGUGACCCGGUGGCCCGGCAUCUACCUGCUCCAGUGGCAAAUGCACAGCACCCCCGGCAGCGUGGCCUGCAGCCUCCCGGGUGUGGACGAUGUCCUGACAGCUCUGCACAGCCCCGGGCCCAAGUGCAAACUUCUCUACUACUGUGAGGUGCUCGCCUCUGAGGACUUCAGGGGCUCCAUGUCCAGCCUGGAAUCCUGCACCAGCGGCUUCUCCCAGCUCAGCGCCGCCACCUCGUCCUCCUCUUCCGGCCAGUCUCAUAGCAGCUCCCUGGUCUCCAGAUAGCCGGGCCCAGUGUUUCAGGGCCGCCCGCUCGCCUCCAGUGUCCAGAAAUAUUCAGAAUGAGAAGCCAGCUAACUGCAGGGCCUGGGACCAUGUGGGCUGGAGUCCCCAGGCCUAGAUGCUGCCCAAGUUGGGGUGUCUGGAGCGGAUGGCAAGGAUCCAGGCCUGGCCUGUGCAUGGUGUCAGGGCUCUUGAAGUUGCAAGGACAGAACCAUCUCCUUCUGGCUUCGUGUAAGGAAGACGAAGCCAAGGCCAAGGUGUCUACCAUACCACACCUUUGGGACAUCCGGGCUUAGCGAUGUCAGCCAGGCCCAUCUCCCCUCUGUCCACCUCUUGCUCUGCUUUCGCCAUGCAGGGGACCAUCACUAUUAGGUGCCCUUCUCCUCCCCGCAGCUCGCCUGCAUAAGGCAGCCUCUUCCUGCCAAAGGCUCCAGCCCACUUCCCAGAGCUGAGUCUUAGCCUGGAAGGGGGGGCGGUUCCCAGGUCAAUUCCUGAACCAAUCACAGUUGCCAGGUACACUGGAGAAUGCUGAUUGGCCAGCAGGGUCAUGCCCAAUCUAGACCAAUCACUGUGAUCCAGGGUUGCAGUGAGGUGCAGUGAUUGGCCAGCACGUUCAUGCCCAAUCUGGACCAAUCACUGUGAUCCAGGGUUGCAGUGAGGUGCAGUGAUUGGCCAGCCUGGAUCACAUGCACAUCUCUGGAACCAACCACCUGCUCUGAAAAGCACUAGUGGGUGCCUCGAGGAGUACUGGGGUCCCCCACCUAAGAAGAAGGGGGAAGGAUGCUGGGGAGGCAGAAAUGAAGAAUGUUUACCUUGGCAUCUGAUUGCAUAACGUUCUGUUAUGCAGCAUCAAGAUGUGCUUGGUGAGCAGUUAAGUGAGUUACAGGCGCUGCUCUUUGUGGGGAACAGCACAUCCUGAACUGAAAAUCCAUGUCCCCUUCACUUGGCCAGCAUGGCCUAACCCUGACCAUCCCUGAUUGGAGAGGGUGGGAGAGCCCUGGGUUUCUGCUAAGUUCCAGGCAGCGAUGGGGUGACUGAGGCUGUCUGUAUACCCCACUGGAGAUGCUUUGCUCUCCUAGGGAACUGUUUAAUUAUGACUGUUUUUGUUUGUAAGCCACAGAGACCCAUGCCCAGGUGCUUAAACACAAAAGCGUGAUCAUUCAUGGGUGCAUAGAACUGGCCAGUCCAAGAGGGCUUGCUUCAGGUAAGGAUAGAUCCAGGGUCUCAACAUGGAGUCUCGACUCCCCCCGCGAGUGGAGGCUGCUGUGUCUGCCCUGGGGCAGAUAUGACUCUGGAACUAGGUUCAAUAUUGACAUAACUUUCCCUAGUUACUACACAGGAGCGUCUUGAGUCUCCGUGGGGACUGAGGACAUUUCUCCUUUCCUUUCCUGGACUCCCCAAAAGGCAGCCAGUCAGGGGUCAUCAACUUGAAGCCUGAUCUGGCCUGCUUUUAGUGUUGCUUUUUUGCCUUUAGAAUGGUUUAAAAAUUGAGGCAUUUCACAUCGAAAUCAGGAUUUCUGGCUUCCCUUAGGCAUUUGGGAGCACCAGCAGAAUGGGGUCACUAUUGUUGCAUGAAGACAACACCUCUGCGUCCCUGGACGCGGCCACGCCAGUCCCUACCCCAUCGACUUGCGCCCAGCCCACGUUACCCAUCCUCAUGACCUGUGUGGCAGGAGCCUCACUGACGUGGCUCUGUCAGCAGUGGCUGGUACCCUUGUCUCCUGGCCUUGCUUAGAGUUGGGGCUCAUCUCUGCCGGAGUAACUGAGCCAAGGGGUGCUUUUGUGGCCACAAGGAUCAUCUUUAUGCAGGCUCAGCAAUGCAGGGCCAGGAAACUUAUAUCUAUGCCAGCCUCAACCCCAAACCCAGGGCAGAGAGAAAGGGUCAUCUUUUCAGACACAUCCUUCUUCCUGCUGGGAGAGAGCCUUGCCCACAUUCCUGUUGGCUCUCUGUCCGCUUUUCAGGUAUCUGAACAAAAUAGAUUGCUUUGCACCCUGCGUCAAGGUGUGUGUGCACAUGUGUGCAUAAGAGACCAACUGAUUGGAAGGAGACGUUCUCAAAACUAAUUGCUCCCAUAUCACCAGGCAUUUAUUGCUGAGAGCAACUUGCAAUAUUUUCUACUAUCUUUAAGUGAAUUUCUAGCUUUUCUCUUAAAAACUAGGUGUUACUCUACAAGUAUGCUGGGAUAAGCUGCCCUGGCAGUCUUCAUACAUUUAUUGUCUAGCCCCAGAGAAGGACACAGAAGCCUUUUACUGGAGGAAGCUGGAGCUGCCUGUUCCAGAGGCAGGUGGGGGGAGGGGGGUCUGCUAUCAGCUGUCCACCCUUAACGGGGUGAGGAACCUCAGGCCCUUUCAGGUCUGCUCUUGAGAGUGCUCUCUCCCUAGGGAAAAACCAGCCCAAACUGGCUUAAGCAACAAAGCAAAUUCCCUGGGUCCUGUACUGGGGAUGGCUGAAGGUGGCUGCUGCUUCAGGUAUGGCUGGAUCCAGGAGCUUAAUGUCCUCAGGCUUCUCAACUGCACCCAGGCCUCUUGACUCUGCAUCUCUUUGCAUGCUGACCUCAUUCUUUCUUCCACCUGGUGGGAAAGAUGGCUGCCGGCAGCCCCAAGCCUAUAACUUCAGGAUUCACACUCUAAGAGAUGCUUUUCCAUCUCAAAUCUCAUGGAAGGCUCUGAUUGGCCCAGCUCGAGUCCAAUGCUCAUUCCUGUGGGCCACACUGGCAAGGAACUAGGGUCCUGUGAUUGACAUUCCCUGCAGAAGCAGCAGCAGGAUUGGUGAGGGCCAGUCCCCCAAUGGACAAGAGAAGCUGGACCACAGAACCAGCAGGUAUCCAUGGUGGCGUCUGCUAUGGCUGGCUCUCCUCCCAUGUGGAGGUCUUGGGGACCCACGUGGAAGCAUCAUCAAGGUCAUUCUUCUUGCCUUCAGGAGGCCUGGAAUUAAAAAUAAUCCAAGGAAGGGAUUGCCAAGCUUUUGGCUUUUGAAUUUCCCCUGAGCCAAAGGCUGGAAGUGCCUUGGCUUGGGCUUCUCGUAUCAUUAGUUCAUUAAUCCAUUGAGACCAGGACAGAAGCAACCCACAAGCAGUAUGACUGUUGGUGUUUGGGCACCUGGGCCUUGAAUUUAGACCAGGACUCAAACCCCAGCCUUCCUUUCACUAGCUGUGUAACCUUGACCAGGUGACUUAACCUCUCUGUGCCUCAGUUUCCUCAUCGUAAAGUGAGGAUAGUAGUGCCUACCUCAAUAGGUUGUAGUGGGACAAAAUGAGGGAGUAGCUGUAAAGCUUACAGCACAGCUCCUAGAACACAGAAAGCGCUCCAUUAAUGUCAGUGGUCAUUCUGAUUACUUAAUGCUUCUCAUCCAAAGACUCGUUUUCUUCCUGAGGUCGCCUAUCACUGUUUUUCAUGAUUGCACCCAGAGAAAAGUAGGUGUCAAGAAUUAUUGCCCUUGGAGUUGGGUGUGCAGUCUUUCUCUUUUAGAAACUGCUUGUGUGGGCCGGGCGUGGUGGCUCAUACCUAUAAUCCCAGCACUUUGGGAGGCUGAGGCCGGCAGAUCGCUUGAGUGCAGGAGUUCAAGACCAGCCUGGGCAACAUAGUAAGACCCUGUCUCUACAAAAAAUUUAAAAAUGGGCCAGGUGUGGUGGUGCACGCCUAUAGUCUCAGCUGCUUGGGAGGCUGAGGCAGAAGGAUUGCUUGGAGGUCAAGGCUGGAGUGAGCCAUGAUCUCACCCCUGUACUUCAUCCUGGGUGACAAAGCAAGACCCUGUCUCAAAAAAAGAAGAAAGAAUCUGCUUGUGUUUUCUGGGCAAAUCCACCCAUCUGAGGGAGUGUAUUCUGAGUGGUAUUUCCCUUGGCAGUUAGAAAAUGUUUUUUCCCAGAGGUUGAAAUAUGGAGAGUUUGAGACUCUUUUUUUCUACCGUGCACUCUCUGGAAUUCCCCAUCCCCACUGUAAAAUUAAUUGUCCGUUGAGAAUAGUAUAAUUCUUUUCAACAAAGUCUCUUUGAGCCAGUGAAACCCGAUGGGUUUUUUUGUUUGCCUGAUCAUUUGCUCCAACCAGCAGCAUUAAAUGUUUUCCAUUUGGAUAAACUUGCAUCGUCAGCUUCCUAAAACCCUGGAGGUUUCCCCUGGGCUCGUUCAAGAAUUUUCCAGCUGUUGUUUAGAAGACUUUAGAGCGAGCUUGUUCAGUCUGUGGCCUGCAGGCUGCACGCGGCCCUGGACUGCUUUGAAUGUGCUCCAACACAAGUUCGUAAACUUUCUUAAAACACUGAG